AUGACCAUCCCCCCUUGCACAGAAGGCAAACACUCGACCACCGACAAACCCCCCGAGCUCGAGAAGAAACCACAAACCUCGGAUGCCGAGCUAGCAGCCAAAAUCGACCGACUCAACGCCUCGGCAGAAGCCCCAGCGAGGAAACCCAUCACUGCGCCCCAGCACAUCCCGACCCCUCCGCCCCCGGCGCCCGAGUCCGAUGAAGACGAGGAGGGCGUUGAGAUUCCGGAUGGCAGGACGUGCAGGAGGAGGGGAUGCGGGGCCGAAUAUAAGGCUGGGAGCUCGAGGGAGGGCGAGUCUUGCUUGCAUCACCCCGGUGUUCCCAUUUUCCAUGAGGGAAGCAAGGGGUAUUCGUGCUGCAAGAGGCGGGUGUUGGAGUUUGACCAGUUUAUGAAGCUUGAGGGAUGCACGACCAAGAACAGGCAUCUGUUUAUUGGUAGCGGGAAGAAGAAUAAGAAGGAUAGCUCCGGCUCUGGCGAGGAAGUGUUGGAGACUGUCAGGACCGAUUUCUACCAGACAUCCUCUACAGUCAUCGCCUCAUUCUUCCUCAAAAAGAUCGUCAAGGACAAGUCGACGGUGAAGUUUAGCGACCAGGCCAUCGAUCUCGACCUAGUAACGUCGGACACCCCGCCUAAGAGAUAUACGGCCCUGGUCCCGCUCUUCGCACCUAUUGACCCGGAGAAGACCACUUUCAAGAUACUGGGGACCAAGCUGGAAGUAACCUUAUUCAAGGCGGAUGGAGCCUCGUGGCCGGUUUUGCGGAGCGAUGAUACUCAUACGGGGGAGAUACUACAGAUCGGAAGGGCGGGCAAGCUGCAUACGCUUUUGCCUAAAGCCCUCUCGUUCGCCAACAUCAUCAAUAAGAGCCCGGCCUACACCUCUGCGACGAGCUACACACCUCCUCCCCCAUCCACAUCCACCACCGGCACAACGACAACGACAACAACAACAACAACAACAGCAACAUCCACCUCCUCCCGCCGAAGCUCCUCUCCGCCCCGGCCACCCGUGAGCCCCAUAACACCCACCCUAGCCUCAGCACGCCUCCCAACGACCACCGCCUCCUCCACCGCACCUGCCGCCGGCACCACCGCAAACGACAUAAUGGCCACCCUCCCCCCACGUCAAACCUUCGCCCACGCGCAACCCAACCAAAUCGGCAUCGCGCCCCCUCCCCCGCGCCCCAUCUCCUUCGACGAAAACCCGGACGCCCUAGCGCUACAGAGCGCCAUCGCCGUCUUGCAGAUGCAGAAGCGGCGCGCUGAGGAGGACAUCCGGGCUUUACAUCGCGCCAAGGGGGAGGCGAUGCGUGAUGCUGAGGGGUUCGUGAGGGAUUUGGCGGCGGGGCGGAUUAAGAGCGGGGAAGCCUUGGCGUUUUCGUCCGCCGACGGUGAGGAGGAAGAAGAGGAUAUGGAGAGGAAGACGCCAACAGGCCCGGCAUGGAGGAAGUUGCCUGGGAGGCAGGACGUCGUCAGGUGUCCGCCGAUUAAUUGGGCGCAGUAUGCCGUCGUGGGCGAGUCGUUGGAUAAGUUGCAUGCCGAUCAGAGGGCGAGUCCGUCGCAGGGGGUUCCAGCCACGAUAGCCCCGGAUGGCACGUACGAGUUUAAGGGCGAGGGGGAGAAGGCGCCGUUUGUGGGCAUUGCGGCUCCGUAUACGCCUGGCAGGGACAAGUUGACGGAUAAGAGACCGAAGGCGCCGAGGAGAUGA